GAGCGCGCCGGCACCCGCCCGGACCUCAGCGGCAUGCGCCACCGCCGCCCGCACGAGGACACCGCCGAGAUCCAGAGCCGCUUCUACUACCCCAAGGAUGAUGAUAUCAAUGUAUGGAUGUUUGCUAUGAUUGGCAUUGGCUGCGUGUUCAUUAUCUUCGUAGCUGUAUCUCUGUACAUCAUGUGUUACAGGAAAUCAAAUGAUGAAGAUGGUCGCUACUUGUUUGUACAACAAGAUGCGCAGCAGAAAGUACUUUGAAAGCGAGGGCACCAACAGACAUAGCAUGGUACAAAUCCAAGAGAGAAAAAGCCCUGCCCGUGAACGAGUGGUGUCUUCAACACACAGUUGGUUGCAAAACCUGUUUCUUGUUUGGAAGUCUUUUAAAUUUGUGGUGCAGUUGCUUUGAUGGAGUAUUGUUGUUAUAUAUGUCGUAUUUCUCACUCCAGUGUGAGGAAAACCUGAACUCAUCUUUACUCUUCUGAUAAAGAAUAUAAUUCAAUGUAUUUUCAGCAUACAUCAUUUCUAAGUUGUAUUCAGCAAAAUAAGUAUCAUUACUAUGAAUUCAAUCAUUUAGUAUAUAUAUUAUAAAAAUGUUAAAUUAUCAGAUGAUACUUUAACAUUGGAACAUCAAAACCUAUAAACAGAUGUUGCACAAAAUAACAUUUAAAAUUAAUUUUAGACAGUGAAAUUGACAGAAAGUUACAAUUUAGUGUUUACUAUCUAACCAGUCUAAAAUCGCAGAGGACAUGUGAAUGAAUGGUUAAGCAUACAACC